AUGGGGAAAGAAGCUGUUGUCGGUAGAUACGGAUAUUGCUGCGCGCCGAUCAUCAGAGGAGACUACUACUUACUACUUAGACUAGAGCCUAGGUUCCGAGAGUUAGCCGUACCUUUUCCCAACCCAAGAGUUGGCCAGCCAGAUAACCCAGGGAAACCAACCCCUUUGAAUCAAUCAAUCAAUCAACAACAACGUCAAUUGUUGUUGCACAAAACCUGCGUGAUCCACGUUGAUCCUGUUUACCGCGCGGGAUUUCCUUCAACUCGCCCAUCAUCUGUAACAGGAUUUGCGGGGUUAAACGGGAGGGAGGGAGAUUACGUCUCAGACAGACAGACAGACUCCUGGGCCAACUUUUAA